CGUCUCUUCUCUUCGUUCCUCGCUCCAACCUCCCCAACAUCGCCUCUCGAUUCUUGACGCCAGCAGUAAUCGCUCGUUAAUCCCUUCCAAAUCCGCGAUAUUCCCAAGAAUCUUCUCUCCCCCUCUCAACCCGACUCUCUUUCGCUCCUCCCCAUUGCGCUCCCUCCCUCGCACUCGGAUUCCUGCUCGCUUUCUCCGUCUCCGUCUCCCUCUCGGCCGUCCCCCUCUCCUCCGCCUCGGAUUCGACCGCCGCGCCCCCCUCCUUAUCCUGCUCCUGCCGCCGCGUUUUUCUUCCUUCUUCUCCUGUCCGCCCGGGACUCCCUCCGCAGUUCUUGCUCUUUGCGUCGCGUCGCGUCGAGGAGAGCGUGCCUUUCGUUCCGGAUCGCGCGGCGCCCCCGACAUGCGCGUGGAGGGACUGGAGGACGCAGGGAGGCUAGACCAGGACAUCGACAAGCACGCCGGUUUCGUGAUGGAGAGAGUUUGUGAGAACACAGUGUCUGUUGAUUUCAAGCAGAACUUUGUCCCAUUCAUCCAGUCAGGGGAGUGGUCUGAUAUCGGAGGUCGUGAUUACAUGGAAGAUGCCCAUGUGUGCAUCUCUGACCUGGCAAAGAAUUUUGGCUAUAAAGCAGCUGAUGAUGAAGUAAUUUCCUUCUAUGGGGUCUUUGAUGGACAUGGUGGCAAAGACGCAGCCCAUUAUGUCCGUGAUAACUUGCCACGAAUCAUCGUGGAAGAUGCUGAUUUUCCUCUUGAGCUUGAAAAGGUAGUCAAGAGGUCAUUUGUGCAAACUGAUAGUAAGUUUGCAGAGACAUUUUCUCAUCACAAGGGACUUUCUUCUGGAACUACAGCACUGACAGCAAUGAUUUUUGGAAGGUCGCUUCUGGUGGCUAAUGCUGGUGACUGCCGAGCGGUCCUUUCUCGGCGUGGCACUGCCAUUGAAAUGUCCAAGGACCACAGGCCAUGCUGCAUAAAUGAAAGAAAGCGUGUAGAAUCACUUGGUGGCUAUGUUGAUGAUGGUUAUUUGAACGGUCAGCUGGCAGUCACUAGAGCACUAGGUGACUGGCAUCUUGACGGCAUGAAAGAGAUGGGUGAACCUGGAGGGCCCUUGAGCGCUGAGCCAGAGCUGAAAAUGAUCACAUUGACAAAGGACGAUGAGUUUUUGAUAAUAGGCAGUGAUGGCAUCUGGGACUUCUUCUCAAACCAAAAUGCUGUGGAUUUCGCACGACGGAAGCUCCAAGACCACAAUGACUUGAGGCUGUGCUGCAGGGAGAUCGUCGAUGAAGCAAUAAGGCGGGGAGCCAGCGACAACCUAACAGCAGUGAUGGUUUCGUUCCACCAGGAGGCCCCUCCCCAGACCAGAGUGAGCAGGACCGGCAGGGUUGCACGGAGCAUAUCAGCUGAAGGGCUUCACAACCUCAGAGUUCUCCUGGAAGGCCAGUGACGGCGCCAUUGCGGCCAGUCCUGAUGCUGUGCUACAUUGCUGAGUGUUAAUUGUAAGUAGCGAUUUUCGGUAUCUUGAUGCUGUUCAGCGACUGUGUGUCGACAUGCCAGAGUGACUAUUCUUGUCUGAGAAUAAACCAACGAAUCUGAGAUCUCACUAGCUGAUUGUGAGGCGCUGUAAAUAAUAAAAGUUGGAGCUAGGUAAGGACGAGUUAGCAGUGUGCAUCCAGGGGGGCUUUCGUGGCUCAUUAUGCGAUGUUUUCCCCUGAUCUUUUGUAAAUAAAACCUUGCUGGGAGUAUCAAUGCAGUCGAAGUAAUGUUCUCUCAUGCAA